GCCCCCUCCCACUCCUGCUCUCUCUCUCUCCCUCUCACGUAGACACAGUUCAGCUCCGGCCGCCCAGCACAGCUCGCUGCUACUCUGGCAGCCAGAGGCAGGCUCUGUAGUGGAGAAGUGGGGCCGUCCCACUGAACUGGUACUUGUUGGAGGAUGAGCUGCACCAGGCUGGGUCUCUCUCUCCUGCUGCUUGCUGCCCUGGGCUGGACUGAGGACGAACAUGGCUCAGAGGACUCUUCUCACUCCAAAAAGAAAGGUCCUGGCCACGGUCACUGGAGCUAUGCAGAUAAGGACGAGUGGCAGUUGGAGUUCCCAUUCUGCGGUGGGCAGAAGCAGUCUCCCAUCAAUAUUGACACCAAUUCCACAAUCUUCAGCCGUGAGCUGCAGCCUAUUGUGCUGGCAGGUUACAACCUGGACCCCAGUGAGCAGCUCAGCCUAAUGAACAACGGCCACACAGUUGUCCUGCGGCUGCCUGGCUCUCUGACUAUUGCCAGCGGCUACCCACAGGAGUACAGAGCUAUGCAGCUGCACCUGCACUGGGGCUCCCCAGAAGGGCCUGGCUCAGAACACACCGUGGAUGGACGCCGCUAUGAUGGGGAGAUCCAUAUGGUUUAUUACAACCCCAGCUGUGGCAGCAUCAAAGAGGCAAUGAAGCAACCCGGUGGCCUAGCAGUGCUGGCAGCUUUCCUGCAGGUUGGGCCAGAGGACAACGUGCACUAUCAGCCUCUGCUUGAGCAGCUUCACAAGAUCCAAGAGGAAGGCAAGGAAACCACUGUGGCUGGAUUCAAUAUUGAAGGGUUGCUGCCCGCCAACCUAGGCCGCUAUUACCGCUACAGUGGCUCUCUGACCACCCCUCCCUGCUACCAGACGGUGAACUGGACUGUCUUCAACUGGACGGUGCUGCUGUCCAAGGAACAGAUCUCGCUGCUGGAGACCACGCUGCAGGGAGACGAUGACACGGACCUGCAGAACAACUUCCGGCUAAUCCAGCAUCUGCACGGACGGAAAGUCCUAGUGAGUUUCCAGGCAUCCCUCAGCCCAAGGAAGGUCCCGCUACCUGACGGUGGAGUUGCCCCCAUGACGCCCGCCCCUGACAGUGCCACAGAGAGAAGCAUGGACAAAGUUCCCGGAACAGGUGCUGGCUGCCCACCAUGCGCAGAUUCAGAAAAACAGCUGGGCUUUGCCCUACAAACUGCGGACGUGCUGGCCGGUCUCUUUGGGGCUCUCUUCGCAGUCACGGCUCUGGCCUUCCUCAUCUACAUCCACAGGCAGCGGAGCCAGAACAGGAGGCCGGAUUCUCACCCCAAGCCCAACAUCAUCUACACAGCUGCCACCACAGAUGAGAACACGGUGUAGAUGCUGCCCCUGCUGCCCUGCGAGGCACAUGGAAUGUAGACCAGUCCACGCAUCCUCGGGCUCAGCCAGCCACACCCUGCCACCUGCGGCCAGCCCAGUACGCCCUCCCUCCCCACCGGGGGGCCUGAGCAGCAGGGGCCCCUCCUCUGGGGCCUUCACUCCUUGAGGCCUGGUUACCUGCACUGAGGCUCAGCAGAGACGGAGGGGAAAAACUCUGCCCCUUUCACAGAUACAAUAAAAUAAAUGAAAUAAAAA